ACUAUAUUUUUUGUAAUGUAUUUGCAGCUAUUGUACUUCGAGCAGGAAGAAAAUGGUGGACUCAGUCUUGCAUUACAAGAAGACAGCACUAAAACCGGAAGGGUUACUUCUGCUGGAAUGUUCUUUCUUUGCUUUCCUGUGUAUCGGUUUGAUCAAAGCCAUUCGAUAGCGAUUGCUAAAGAUCCUGAUGCUAAAUUCUUCAAGAAAUUGGAUGGGUUUCAAGCAUGUGAAGUAAAUGAACUGAAAGCAGGCACCCAUGUAUUUGCUGUCUACGGUGACAACUUCUUCAAAAGUGUAAACUACACAAUAGAAGUUAUGUGUGCCGAACAGUUUUCAGCUGAAAAGGAGAAACUGCGGGAUGUGGAGGCAAAGAUAUUAACCAAAAGGGCUGAGUUGUCUAAGUUUGAGACAGAAUAUAGAGAGGUGUUGGCCCGAUUCACAGAGAUGACCAACAAGUAUGCACAGGAAAUGCAAGCAAUCGAUGAGCUGCUCAAGGAAAGGAACACUAUUCAUGCCUCCUACACCACCAUUUCACCUUUAAAAAGAAACUCAAGUAGCAGCAAGAUCAGCAGUCCCUUCAAUGGGUCCAAAAGUGACGAAGAGUGCCCAACUAUAGAAAAGAAGCCGAAGGAUGAAAAGAAGUCUAGGGACCGGACAAGGCGGAAGAAGUGGUUUAAGAUUCACUUGAAGGUGGACAAAAGGAAGGCGUGUUGAUUACAUGGUUUUAUCUUUCAGAGUAUCCCAAACAUUAUCGAGGAUCCAUACCAGAAGCCUCCCAAAGACAUAUUUUGUUCUAAUCUUAUUUCUCUUUUGCUCUCUCAUCAUUUGUUUGCCCACAGAUUAUCAAUGUUCAAACUGA